UGUUGUUUGGGUGAAGACCGUGGAAACUCACAAGGGAAGCCCAAUGAGUGGGACACAGUCAACACUCACUGACAGGACCCCAAGCAUUCUCAACAAGGAUCCCGCAGACAAGAAACCUAAAAAUGACAAAUCUUCUGUCUCCCUCAAACAUGAGUUUGACCCUACAGGGCUCGUGCAGCGUUGUGUGAUAAUCCAAAGAGAUGAAAAUGGCUUCGGGCUGACAGUAAGUGGAGACAACCCUGUGUUUGUGCAGCUGGUCAAAGAAGAUGGAGCUGCGAUGCGAGCAGGUGUCCAGACAGGAGAUAGGAUCAUUAAGGUUAAUGGGACCCUAGUUACACAUUCAAACCACAUAGAGGUUGUAAAGCUGAUAAAAUCGGGAUCAUAUGUAGCCCUGACGGUGCUGGGCAGGCCUCCUGGGCUUCCUCAUCUCCCUCUGGGGGAAGAGGAGAAGGAGGCAGGAGGAGAGGUCAGCACUCCUUGCUCUCUCUCCGUGCCCCACUCACCUGCACUGCCAGGCGGAGAGCAACGCAGCAUCCUGGACCACAUCGCCUCCUCGCUGCCUGAUGGGGAUGAGAACAAAGUCAUGCACAGCCAGAAAGUUGACAUCCUAAAGAUGAUCACCAAGGAGCAACAGGAGUUACAAGCAAAGGAGGAGGAUUACAGCAGAAACCCCCGACCGAAACUACUGAAGGAGAUCCAGGACGGAAAGAAGCACAUUUCACUGCUACAGGAGCAGCUCAGCAAAGCAACAGCAUUACAGGAUGGAGCUGCAGGGUCCAGGAACGGUGAGGCUGAGGAGGGGGACAGCGCGUCUCCUCCGAGGGAACAGACAGUGUCAUGGCGGGGUGACGGGGUUAACGACGGGCUGUGGACCAACAACAACUCUUUGGGUAGCAGCCCCCUCCCAGACAGUCCUGGUAAAAGAGAGACGCCCUGUCAGAGCCCAAACAUCAGCCGUCACGGCCUCAACUCCUGCUCGUCGCCCGACACUGAGGACACACCUGACUCUGACUCCAGCGCCCAGUGCACUGUGGGUAGCCGUCCCUACCUCCUCCACCCGCAGAUCAUUGGAGCAGAAGAUGACUACUUUGACUCUCAACAAGAGCAGAUUAAUGGGCAGUGCAGCUGUUUCCAGAGUGUAGACUUGCUGAAGUGUCGGCCGGCUCACCUCGCUGUCUUCCUCCAUCAUGUGGUCUCACAGUUUGACCCCACGCCUCUGCUGUGUUAUCUCUACGCUGACAUGCACAAGCAAACCAGCUCCAAAGAGAGCCGACGCUUCUUCAUGGAGUUCCACUCGCUCUUCAUGGAUCGAGCAGCAAAUCUUAAAGUACCAGUGCCAGAGACCAUUGCUUCUGAAUUAGAGAAGCGGAGGCUGGAGUUAAUCCCAGAGGAUCUCUGCAAACAGUACACCCAGCAGUUACAGGACGCACUCCUGCCAGACCUGCACAAGAACCUGGAAGACUUCAGACAGAAGCGCAGUAUGGGUCUGACUCUGGCUGAAGACGAGCUGUCGAAGCUGGAGUCAGAGCGAGGAAAAGACCAGCAGGCCAUAGAGAAGGAAUGCUCCUGUGCUGAACACAUCCUCACCAAGAUAGAAGAUAUCCUGUUGACUUCACAUCCCACAGAAGAAGAGAAGUGCCAAACAAUGCAGUAUGUGCUUCUCACCUAUAUGAAGCACCUCGGGGUGAAAGUGAAGGAGCCUCGCGGCCUCGAACAUAAGAGAGCGCGUAUUAAUUUCCUGCCCAAGAUUAAGAAGAGUAUCAAGCCUGAGAAGGAAGGCGAGGAGAAGGUGAAGAAGCCUCGAUUUCCCAACAUCCUCGGCCCUCCUCGGCGCCUAAGCAGAGUGGAUUCAACAUCAGUCGGUAAGGCCGUAGAGUUGAACAAGCAGCGGUCACCAAAGCAGCUGACUCAGCCGGCCUUCGGCAUCCCCGAGCAGUCCGACUCCUCUGCAUCAAAUUCUGGACGGAGCCGUGGGAAUCAGCUCAGCGAAGGAUCGGACACAAGCGCCCAUUUUUCACCUUCUACCACCUCAUCUAUACACAGCUCCCCCACUGGUCAGGCCUCAGAUACCAGCGGACAGGACUCGGACUCCAAUAUCUUCCCAUUUUCCAUCCAGCCCAGACUGACUGAGAGUCUGCAGUCUGGAGACCACCAGGACAGCGUAUCCAGUCCAACCAGCACUCAGUUUGACUUCAGCCCCUCCACCCUGGAGCAGCUACAGGAGGAAGACCCGGAAAAUUUCAGGAUGGAGGUGCAGUGUGCGGUGACCCCAGCCGACAUCCACAGUGAAGACGACCAGGGAGGUGAGGUGGAGGGUGGAGAAGACCCCCCGAACUGGCAGAGUCUGGUCAGCCGAGAUGUCCUUGCAAGCUUGACGCCAAAAGAAAUCAAAAGGCAGGAAGUCAUCAAUGAGCUGUUCUACACCGAGCGAGCCCACUUGCGGAUGCUGAGGGUGUUGGACUGUGUUUUCUAUCAGAGGUUGAACAGAGACGGUGUUCUUCCCUCAGAAGACAUUAAACACAUCUUUACCAACCUGGACGAAAUCAUUCAGCUUCAUGUUUCUGUAACAGAGCAAAUGGUAGCAAUCAGGAAGAGGAGCGAGACGUCUGUGAUCGGUCAGAUUGGAGAUGAUCUUCUGGCGUGGUUCAGCGGUGAGGAAGAGGAGAAGAUAAGAAGAGCUGUGGGAACUUUCUGUUGCAACCAACCGUCUGCACUGGAGCUCAUUAAGACCAGACAGAAGAAAGACCAGAGGUUCACUUUAUUCAUGCAGGAGGCCGAGAGUAACCGCCUGUGUCGCAGGCUGCAGCUUAAAGACAUCAUUCCUGUGGAAAUGCAAAGAGUGACCAAGUACCCGCUCCUACUGGACAACAUUGCUAAGUACACAGAGGACGGCGAGGAGAGAGAAAAGGUGAAGAAAGCUGCAGAGUGCUGCAAAAAGAUCCUCAACCAAGUCAACCAAGCCGUCAAAGAGGCUGAGAACAAACAGAGGCUUGAGGAGUAUCAGAGACGGUUGGACGUCGUGUCACUGAAGCAGACUGAAAACCCCGUCAUCCUCGAGCUGAAGAAUCUGGACCUGACCAAGAGGAAGAUGGUGCAUGAAGGACCUCUCUCCUGGAAAGUCAACAGAGACAAGACUAUUGAGCUCUACACGAUCCUCCUGGAGGACAUCAUGGUUUUACUGCAGAAACAGGACGAACGUCUGGUCCUCAAAUUCCACGGCAAGAGUCUGGCCAGCGCCACCGAUGCCAAGCAAACCUUCAGCCCCAUCAUCAAACUCAACACUGUCUUAGUUCGUCCAGUGGCUACAGACAACAAGUCUUUCUUCGUCCUGUCCAUGUCGGAGAACGGGGCUCAGAUCUACGAGCUGACGGCUCAAACGGUGUCCGAUCAGAGAACGUGGCAGCGGCUGAUCACACAGCGUGCCGAUGCCAUGAAGGCCAAACCUCAUAACAGCGUUGCUCCUCCAGCUCCGUCUGAUGCUGAGCCGGAUGCUAUUGAGAUCAUCAACUGUGAGAUGCCGAAGUCCAGCAAAGAUGCUAAUGGCACCGCAAGUGGAAGUGUCCAUUCUUCAGUGCCAGAUAUAGACGUCGCCUCUUCUCCCGACAUUCAACCUCCACCGACGAGUCUCAACCCUUUCGAUGGCAUGAAGUCAGAUGACGAAGAAGAGGAGCUGGCAGUGCCAGACAGACCGGAGGAAGAGCUGGAUGAGGUCGAUGAAAAAGAACUAGAGGCUUUCCUGGAUGGGCAGCUGGAAAACAGACUGUCCCUCCUUCAGGAAGGCUCACGCCAAGGCAUCGCUUUUGAAAAUCAGGAGCACAAUGCAUUCGGCUUACCCACCUCCAAAGCUGAAGAUGCUCUGAGGACAUUGGUGAUGCUGAAGCAGGUGCUUUUCAACCACAUGAUGAGCAGAGAAGCUGAGGAGGAGAAAGAGGAGACUGAGGAGAACAAGCCGAGUAGGGCUACCGGCUGUCAGCUGAGUGCGUCCUUGCCUGGGAGUCCAGAGGGGCCUUCUGCUGCGUGUGAUGAAAGCCGAGCAUCUGCAAGUUCACAAAAAGACGACCCUCAGCUAUCACCUGAACGCAACGGUGAGGGAAUCAUAAUAUUUUUUUGGUUUCAAUAGUGAUGGCACAGGUAGUUUUUUAUCAACACAACCAUUCCAAUCUCUCUUUCUUUUCUGCAUCCAGGUGGUUUUGUGCUCCUGGAUUGGGGUGGAGCCUCUGAAGAGAGCAGCACUGAUGAUGACGUGGGAGUAGGAGGAGGUGAUUUGGGGAUCGACAUGAGGAAACUGCUGUCCUCCUCCUCGCAGACAGGGGGCCACGGUCCCAAUCUCAGCCGGCAGCUUAUGACCCACCUGCGCCUCCUACAGGCCGACCUGCAGUAUCUGAAGGAAGUGGAGAUGAAGUACAAUGAGCUGCGACAAACACUGCCUGACAUGGCUGCUGACUCGGACGACAAUAACGGUGUGUUUCACUUCAAACCUCACACACACAUCAAUCUUUUGCACAUUUAUUGUAAAUCUCUUAACGCCAUUACUCUGAUAUCUUUCAGAUGGGAUUCAGUGAUGACAGACUUCCUGUUGUCUCGAUCAUGUGAGCCAAAUUUCACGUCACUCGUCGACGAUCGCAUACUUCUGGAUGAAAUCCUCGACCACUUUUCACUGUUAUCGCCAAUAAUGGAGGCUCACUGCCCAUGUGACAAUCUAGUGGAAGACUUUAUCAUUAUUAUGAGGAAUGCUCCACUGUAAACUCAGAUUCCUUCAAGAGAAAAGACUCUGUGGAAUAAACUGAGGACAGUUCAGUCACGUUUUGCUAUAGUAAUAAUAAUCAACUGCAUAAAUUAUCGUAAACACUGGAGAUAUGAAACGGAAAAGGGUAAGUAGGGUGUGUGAAGUCACUCACACGUACAGCAGUGAAGCAUUCAGACAUGGAAAAAAAGACAUAAGGACUGUGACAGUAGAUUAUUCUUCAGGACUCAGAGCACUGCUGUAGGCUUGAUAUAAAAGUCUGCAAUAAGAAAUAAGAGAUAUCCUGUAUAUAAUCAGCCGAGCACUUCACAUUUCAAUUUUCUGACUGUGCUGAAUAGCGAACCUCCCCCUGAAUGCCAGAAAUUCCUCCUGCCACACUGAUGGUGAAGUUUUUUUAAUUUAAUGUUUGUCUUUAGUCUUUCUUUGCAUAAAAUUGGAAGUGUAAAAACCCCACCACCAACCAAUCUAAAGCUCACUAAUUAACAUGCUGUAUUUGGUUUGUUUAAUGUGUAGAAAACAAUUAAAGGUGAGUUAUGUGCUGGAACUAUUUCAUGAUCAUUGUGUCUGCACAGAGAAUUAAAGCUCACCUACAAUAUGUGCUAACACAUGCUAUAGCUGGAGGAUGGAUGUUUCUAGCUUCAGCCUGUAGCUCUCCCUAAAACCACAUUUUGUUGUAACAUUUAUUCCUGUUUAAAAAUGAACCAAAUGACAUACAAUGUGUAAGUUAGUGAGCUUUAAAAGUGCAUGUUUUUGAACUUUGGACAGACCCAGGCUAGCUGUUUCCAUGUACUUCCAGUCUUUAUGCUAAGCUAGGCUAAUCAUGGCCUGAAGCUAGCUCCAUGCUGAACACACAGACAUGAUAUUAAUAUCAAUUUUCUCAUCUCUCAUUUAAAAAGAAAACAAACCAUAAGUACUUCUCCAAACUGUGAACCACUUCUUUUUAAAGAGCAA